GGGGCGGGUAUAUUCAUGUCAAACAGGUUCAAAGGGAAGAUCGUCUUCACUUUUUAUGGUAUCACAGAAAAAAUGGCUGCUCAAGAGGAAGUAAAACAAUUGGCAGAGUGCUCAGUCUCCAAUGCUCUGGGGACAUGGGUUUUCUCUGUAGCUGGUGCACUGCUUGCAAUUCCAGUGGGUAUAAAACGGAAAUCUUUGGCACCCCUCGUAUUCUUUGGCACAACUGGUACGAUGCUGGAUAUAAUUAUGGGUAUCAGUGCUUGUGAAAGAGAACACGCAGAGCGGCAAAUGAAGCUUAUGGAAGAAGCACAAAGAUCUGCAGCUGUUGAUACCUUGGCUGAUGCAGCAACUGAACAUUGAUGGCAUUCAGGUCGUUCUGGAUUUUGGCUUCAACUAAUAGCUGAGGUUCAUGUAGCAUUGAGUAUUGUUGGCCUUCAAUUUCCGGUUUACUUGGCUUGUAACUUGGAUAUUGUCAUUAGCAGAAAAGAAGGGAAAUAGUGUAUGGGGUGAUUGCACUUGUGAUGUGGCUAAAAAGCUUUCUAUUAGUAACCAUGUAGAAGUCCUUACUCCAUCAUGGCCUGAUGGUUUUGACAUUUUCAUGCCUUGAGUUUGUUUUACAUUCUUGUUCUUAUGAAAGAAGUUUACAUUUUCAUGCCUUGAA